AUGUCUAUGCUCGUGCACAGCGGCACUGCCGCCUCAGACCUCCUUGGCUUGCCGAACAGCAUCAUCUACGUUGCUCUUUUUGCUACUAGUUUUGCCUUCAUUCUCGCCUGCACACAGAAUCUUCAAUGCCAGCCUAAAGCUUGGGUAAUGUCUCCCUGGCGAUCUCCUGCCCGAUUCGGAGUACUCAACACCAUCUUCUUCCUCUUCAACCGUGAAAGUUUUCUCCGCGGUCUGUUGUCUCGCCAGCGAGGCUCUCCGGCGUUCAUCGGCGUCUGCGGAUACGGUAUCUACGUGGCCGCGCCAGGCGAGCAGGUUCGUCAGCUGCUCCGGAGUCCGCAUCUUCUCCCUAGCCCAGGGCUCUCAGAUGCCCUCCGGAAUUUCUUCGGCAUGCCAACAACGGACCUGCGCAUAUUCGACCACAGCCUCAUAUCGUCUUUUGAGGUAGCAGCAGUGCACAAGACCAACCAUCCCGAUCCAUCUCGCCGGAUUAUAAGCCACCAGCGCAGAGACUUCGCCCUGUACUUCCAGGGUCGCCACCUCAGGGUUACAGUUGAACGGUUCCUAGCCAAUCUGACGUGCAGUCUCCUCGACGACGCCAGUCUCAGUUGUCAGCCAAGCCAACUCCCUGACCUAUAUCAUUUCUUAUUCGGUCAUCUCUUUCGCGCCGAGGUCCGAGCACUAUACGGCGAGAAUGUUUUGACUGUGUCUCCUUCUUUCUGUGAAGACUUCGUGAGGUUCUACGAAGCGUUUCCCAAUAUCGCCAUGGGACUUUCCCGCUGGCUCUCUCCAUCCUCCUACAGAGCCCGCGACACAAUGCUUAACAACUUCAAGACCUGGCGAGUAGUGUGUCAUUCCAAGUCUGACAUGGAAAGUAUUGAAAGAUCCGAUCCUGACUACGAACCUGUCUGGGGAACUGCUUGUAUGCGCAAGAUGGUCAGAAGGCAUGAGGACCUGGGGUUCUCUGAUGAUGGAAUCGCCAGCGUCAUGCUCGGCUACUUAUUCGUCACGAUGGCGAACAGUAUUCCAGCCACGUUAUGGAUGCUCCUUUACAUCCUGCUUGAUAAAGACCUCGCUUCACGCGUCGAAGCAGAGGUACGAUGUGCCUUUUCAGAUCCGUCUGGGUUGGAUGUAGAGAAGUUGGUGGCAUUGCCGCUACUGAAUUCAGUCUAUCGGGAGACAUUGCGCCUUCGAAUUGCAGGCGCAGUAGGCCGCAGACGUCCCGAUGGGGACAUGAUUCUUGGCGGCUGCAAGAUCAAGCGCAACACGCCAGUGAUGUUUUCGAACUGGCUUGGAGGUGCAGACGACAAAUUCUGGAAUGGCAGCGCCGUCCUUGGACCCUACGGAACGCGCCCUGUCAAUGAAUUCUGGGCGGAGAGGUUCCUUAUCCGCCCGAACGCGGGGCUCGACGGCCGAGCCAGUCGCAGUCCGGAGCCAGGGCGGCGCCACACAGCCAAUUACCAAGACCAGGGCAAGCCAGCCAAGGCAACCUUGGAAGGCUAUUGGUUUCCGUUUGGGGGAGGGCCUUCGAGAUGCCCCGGCGAAAGCCUGGCGAAAUACAUGAUACUUUCUUCGGUGGUUGUAGUGUUAAGAGAGCUUCACAUUGAGCUAACAGAUCCUGCCGCUGCUGAAAGCGUCGGUUCUACCCAGCCUUCAGUCCUCACCAACCACUCUCAGUCAGGCUUUGAUAGAGAACGAAUGCGACGAGUUAUGACCAUGAAGUUUAACAGCAAUAGCGAGCUUGUCCCGCGUGCUUGGCUCAGCACGCACUGGUUGGAUGUCCAGUUCCAGCUAGGGUGGCGAGGGCCAGAGCCGUUUGGGGCAAGACAGGAGCGACAGCUGAACUCGAUCGGAAAUCUGGCGAGACUACCGGGCUAUAGAAGCCCCUCCACCGUUCACGUUCUGAUAGUCGCUGCCGUGAUGGUAAUCGUGCGGGCGGGUAAGGGAAGCGAACUGCUUGUCGUACCGUUGCCGAUACUCAAGACGAACCGAGCUGGCAGUUCAGCGUCAGGGUUUCGGUAA